CUUGCGUGUACAGCACUACUUACGUUAAACCGUUUUUAUUACAAAACUAUUUUUGUACUUCGUUGUAGCGUAACGAAUUUAUUUAGGCUAAUGAAAAAUAAACAAUUGACUUUUAACGUACAGGCGUGACAAUUUCCAGGUUAAAAUAAUUAAUACUACUGUAAAUAUUAUUGUGUGAAGUUCGACAAAAAAAAAUGAGUCUAGACGGUGAUCGAAGCACUGACGAAUAUAUCGUCACGGCCCUGCAGAUCUUUCAUUAUUGCGGUGCUAAUAGUACUAAUACUUUACGGGUUGAUGAUUUAAUGGACAAAUUCGCGCCUUUUGUCAAAACAAAUAAGGCUGAGUAUAGUUAUCUCCGAUCACUAUUGGACCCCAAUCAGAGCAAUCCUGAGAUAACAGUUUCAAUGCUGGCAUCAACAUUGAACAAAUACAGCGAAAACCAAAAAGUUAAAGUUGACUUGGAUGAAAGUUUUAAUCUGAAGAGUGGACAGGGCCCACAUGAUUCUGAUUCUGGCAUAUCUACUGAUGGAUUUCAAUUGCUAGAAGAGUUGCAAUGCGAGUUGCGCGAAAAGUCCCACUUGGCCCACCAACUGCGCACGCAACUCGAAUACUCGGACCGGCACCACGAGGAGGCGCUGGCGGCGCUCAGCGCGGAGCGGGACACUCUGCGGGCACAUCUUAAUAUGUUACGCGAGGAGUCGUCGUCGCUGAGCAGGGCGCGGCGCGACUACGAGGAGGCGUGCGAGCGGCUGUGCGGCGCCGAGCGCGCGCUGGGCGACGCGCGCCGCGACCUCGACACGUCGCGCCGCGCCGCGCGCGUGCUCACCGAGCAGGUCGCGCUGCUGGAGACCGAGAAACUGACCCUCCAAGAAUUGUUAUCUAAAUCUAAAGAAGAAUGUCAUCGUAUCAACGACAUGUACGCGUCUCGGCAGUCCACCCUACUAGUAGAGAAUGAGACCCUGAGAACGGAGCAUGCUCAUCUAACAGCUCGUCUGCAGGACCAGGAUGAGUUUAUGCAACAUAUUAUAAAGGAAAAAGAUCUUCUAGAAAUGGAACUAAAAGAUAUGCUGAAUAAAUCCAAUCAAAAUCACUUGCGCUUGGACCGCUCAAUCGAUGUCAGCUACACGGAGGACCAGAUGUUAACAGCGCUGGACACUCUUAAUGCUGAUAGCAGAUUUACACAAGAAGGUUUGCUGGAUGAAGAAUCGUUUGUAAAGGCUCUCAAAGAGGAUCAGGGUCGGGCUACGAAUAUGUCCCUCUUCGAUGAAAUACGAUUGAGUUUUUGUAACAUGUCCAGACAUAAUAUCACCGAUCUCAACUCUACUCAGCCUUCCGAUAAGCUAUCAGAACACGACAACUCCCUAAUAACAGUUGCCACGCAAACAGAGAAUGAACUUUAUUCAGUAGACAUAAAGGACGAUAUUUGUAAAUUAUGUAAACAUAAAACUCAUGACGAUUAUGAUCCGUUAAGGAAUAGUACAACGCAAACUGAUGAAAAAGAACAGUAUUCGUAUAACAAUAAAGACGAUAUUUGCUUAAACGAUGAUGAAAUUCAAAAUAAAAUAAAAUAUGACAUUACAUUAAGUACAUCCUCUAGUCAAACGAUAGAUUUACCAUUAACUGACCCUCAUGCAUACAUACAUAACAUGCAAUAUAAAAAAAUCGGGACACAGAACAAAAUGACGAACACGAGUUGGCAAUUAUUGGAAGUGUUCAAAGACAUUGAAGUGAUGAAUUUCGGUACACAGACGGAUGCAAUUGAAAUUCAACCUUAUGCGAAUAACAAUAACAUACCAGUUUGUAUUGAAUGUCACAAGUGUGUUGAAUGCGAAAGAUUAAAUAAAUACACAGCGAAGUUAGAAAGUGAAUUAAAACACGCGCAACGUACUGCAGAAGAAUUGCAAAUAGAAUUACACAAAUAUGAAAUUAAUUUAAACAUAUUGAAGCGAUAUGUAGAUGACAGAAAUGAGGAUAAUCAUUAUUUGAAAACAGUUGUAGCAAAUUUAAGAGCCCAGCUUGAUGUACUAGAAGGCGCAUGCGCAAAUCAAUCAAUCAAUCAAGUCUAUGUCACACGCUCAACGGGAAAUCAGACAGAAAGUGAGCAAUCAUCGGUGUCCAUUCAGGCCGAUAUACCUUGCACCGACUGUGCUAAACGUCACACUCCACAUAGCGGUCUUGGGAAAUAUUUGUGGGAGCCGCUGAAGUGCGUGUUCCAGCUGCUGGCGGUGCUGUGCUUCGUGUGCGCGCUGUGUGCGCUGUGCGGCGUGUCGCGCGCUCGGCGCUCGUGUCGCGAGCCGCUGCCGUGGCGCUGGCUGCAGCUGCACGACCUGCUCGACCUGCUGCUGUCCGUGGAGUACGUCGCCGACGUACCCAUGUGAGGGCCUCGCCUACAAUUCAAUGUGUUCUGUUCUAUAACAUAUGUCUUAAGCUGUAAGUAGCAGAGUUAAAUACCAAAUGUUUACAUUAUUUCUGUUAAUUAUUGUAAUAUAAAAUUUGUAUAUGCCGCUUGUUAUACGAUAUACUUACUGCAAUCAGUUUUAACCGUUAUAAAUGUCAUUACUCAUUUUAAUGUAACUAUUACUGCAAUUAAAUUUGAAAAAAGUUAAUUGAUCUUGUAAAAUUUGACCUCUAAACACUACAAGUUACAUAAAAACUAGUAUAAAUACAUGUAUAAAUAUUGUAUAUUAAAAACUGGUGAUAUUUUAAACUUUUUUACUGGUGGUAGGGCUUUGUGCAAGCUCGUCUGGGUAGGUACCACCCACUCAUCAGAUAUUCUACCGCAAAACAGCAAUACUUGAUAUUGUUGUGUUCCGGUUUGAAGGGUGAGUGAGCCAGUGUAAUUACAGGCACAAGGGACAUAAAAUCUUAGUUCCCAAGGUUGGUGGCGCAUUGGAUAUGUAAGCGAUGGUUGACAUUUCUUACAAUGCCAAUGUCUAAGAGCGUUGGUGACCACUUACCAUCAGGUGGCCCAUAUGCUCGUCCGCCUUCCUAUUCUAUAAAAAAAAAAAAAAAAACUAUACUUUCUUAAUAAUCUUUGUCUUGAAAUAAUCAAUAUUGGCCAAAUAUUCAUGACAAUUUACAUUCAUAAAGGUUAUAUCUUUUCUGAAUACAUGCAAAAUUAUUUUGUAAUGAUUGCUGUAAACUUGACAGUAUAUUGACAAGUAAAAUAUAUGGAUCAUCCAUAGAUAUGAACGGAGCUAAAGUUCUUAAAAAAAUUAACCACUCUUUAGAAUGAGACAAAGCUAUGAAAAAUGUAAAAAGAAAAGCUCUGACAACUGCUGGCCUAACCAUCGCUUUGUCUCUCUCACACAUUCUUGCCCUUAUUUACUUCACUGGAUACGGUACCUUCAGUCCAUGUCUAUGAAAUCAACUUGUAAUGCCAAAUUAUAUAACGGCCAAUUUUUUUUUAAUUUUUCUUUGUUUUUUUUUUUCUUAUUAACAUAUUUCAUUUUAUCUUUUUGGAUUUUCUUUUCAAAUAAAAAGAUAAAACUGAU